CCUUGCGCGUCUCGCGCUGGCCUGUGCCAAAACCCCAGAUCGAUCCAGAGAAGAAGCCACGUCUCCCUGGGGUUAGGGUUCCACGGCAAGAGCAAGCAAGUCGCGAGACUCGACGCUGAAUUGCAGGUGCAUCAGGGCCAGGCUUCUUCGCCGCUGUGCUGAUCUCCUCCUUCGCCAUCCCUGUUCGUUCGUGCGGAAGAAGGGAAGCAAAGGUUGGUGUUCGUCGGAUCAUCUUAUCGCCGCCACCAGCCCACAGGCAGUUCGACAGAAUGCUUCACGCCAGCACGGCCGGGAAAUCGUCGAAUUCGAAGUCCAGCGGGGAUGACCGGAUCAGCGACCUGCCGGACGACAUCCUGCACCAUGUCCUUGGCUUCCUGCGGGCCGAUCAGGCGGUGCGCACCUGCCUGCUCGCUCGCCGCUGGCGCCACCUUUGGAAAUUGAUGCGUUGUCUCCGCAUCAACGACAUGGGGAGCUGGAGGAAGAGCACCGACGUCUUUCGUAACAGGUUCAUCAACUGCCUGCUGCUCUUCCGAGACCCUGGCUCGACUCUAGACGAGGUUGAGAUCGUGUAUAAUUAUUCAGAAGAAUAUCGCCAUUUUAACAACGGUGGUCCUCCUUGGGUCGACAUUUGGAUUCAACAUGCUUUGUCAAGCCAAGCUCAGGUGCUCACUGUCAAGCUCCCCGAGAGGGCGUACUUCUUUUUGUGUCUGUAUGGCCCUCUCAUAUCCCAGUAUUUGAGAAGAUUAGGGAUUUCUGAUGUGACGUUGAAAAGUAGCUUCCUAGAUUUUUCAAGCUGUUCGGAAUUGGUGGAUCUAAACAUAAAAGACUGCACCUUAGAUGCUCGUAGGAUCUUGUCCCAGUCUUUAAAGCAUUUGAGCAUCAGUGGAUGUGCUUUCGCACCUAAUGGUAGCCGGAUUCGUAUUUCUGUACCAAAUCUCGUUUCGCUGCAACUCAUAAAAAUUGCAGGUAGAACGCCAUUGCUCGAAAGCAUGCCAUCACUAGAAACUGCAGUUGUCAGGCCUUGCAACAUAUCUGGGGAUAACUGUCAUAAUGGUGUUCUUGGGGAGUUUUGUGGUAUUUGUCAAGGUUGCUGUGGUAAUGAUGGCCACAAUGAUGGUUGCAUACUUUUUGAAGGUCUUUCUCAUGCUAAAAACUUGGAGUUGAUACAAACUUAUCCACAAAUGUUUAUUUUCAGAAGGGAUUUGACAUGGUGCCCUAUAUUUAGUAAUCUAAAGACAUUGUUGAUGAACCAGUGGUGUGUGCAACCUGACUUCAGUGGACUAGUUUGUAUGCUUGAGCAUUCACCGGUUCUUGAGAAUCUGACACUUCAAUUGUGUAAGCAAGGAAUACGUAAAUGUGCAUCGGAAGUGGAAGAAAAUCCUGGUUUAUUGGAAAAACCACCUACUAUUUCAGGAUACCUGAAGAUUAUCAAAGUCAAAUGUGAAGUGAUUUGCAAAGUUUUGAAUUUCUUGAGUACAUUUGGCCUAGAAAUUGCUAUUCAAAGGACUAACGGAUAGUCAGAGAAAAUAUACUUGUACAUGAUCCAGUUUCAAGAGGUGGCGAGGAACCCUAUCGAUGGAUUACCAUUCCAUGAGCAUUCAGGAAUGAAAUUCUGAAAGUGUGUUGCUGUCUUUCUUCUGCGGGCAUCUUAUAAUUUGCAACUCAAAUCUAUUGAGAUGUCUGGACCGAUUAUUUUGCUUAGUGUAAUUUUGUUAAAAAGAAACAAAAGUGCCGAUGCACAGUGCAUGUCUACAAUAGU